AUGCUAAAGAAGAACAGAAGCCUGAUAUGGAAGCCUCCACCCCACUUCGGUAUAGCCAGCUACUUCGAACCGCGCACGCAGUAUACUGAUACUCUUCCCCAGACCUACGCGUUCCCGGAUACAUUGAGGGCUAUGUUCGCCGAUUCUGGCAGUUUGGACCACCGAGGCACGCCUGAAACCCCUGGCAGAGUCGUAACGCUCAUUGACCGUGCACAUUGGGAGGCAUUGGACGACCACCACGCGACGGCCGGUGAGAAGGUUUGGGGCGCAGCAUACCACAUCCCAUCCUCGAAAGUGGCCGAAGUCCGCGAAUAUCUCGACAUACGCGAGAACAACGGGUAUAGUAUACAAUACACGCCCUUCCACCCUGCCGCCUCCACGACGCUUCCCGCCAACACCAAGGCACCGAUACACUGCCUAGUUUAUAUAGGCCUGCCCGACAAUCCAGUGUUCCUUGGUCCACAAGAGCCGCAACAACUAGCGGAGCAUAUUGUGACGACGAGAGGACCUAGUGGCGAGAACAAGGAGUAUCUCUACUCGUUAGAACAGGCGCUUGUGAAGCUUAGUCCAGAGAGCGGUGAUGACCACGUCAGUGAUCUAGUGCGAAGGUGCCAUGCGAUCGAGGCAAAGGCACGAGCGGCACCGAGCAGAGAGCCAUUGCAGCAAGACUAUCUUGCGAAGGGAACAGCGGCACAGGCAGAUUUCGGCAAUCAGCUGAGAAGAGUUGGUAGCACGGAGGAGCAAGAGGAAGUUGAGAAGUAG